UCUGCUGUAAGAGCAUAUUCACUUUACAGUCCUAUUAUUUGGAGGUAAAGCAAGUCUAACAUCAAAUUAAAAUGAAAGCUUUUGUGGUAGUAUCUUGUUUAUUAGCAGUGGCAUCAGCUGGAUAUUAUGCACCAGCUGCACAUCAUGGUGCACAACAUGUUCCAGUAAUUGGACCACAUGGAGUUCCACUUGAACCACCAGCAAACGUAGCUGCACGUGCAGCUCAUGCUGCUGCACAUGCAGCCGCCGGUGGUCUUGGAGGUCAUUAUGGUGCUGCCCCAGCUCUUGGUUAUGCCGCUGCCCCAGCUCUUGGUUAUGCUGCUGCCUCAGCCUACGGACAUGCUGCUGCUGGUCAUGGAGUUCCACACGAUACACCUGAAGUUGCUGCCGCUAAAGCUGCUCAUUUUGCUGCACAUGCCGCUGCUGGUGGACAUGCUGGUCAUGGAAUCUACGGUGCUGCUAUCGCUACCCCAUACGCAUAUGCUCCAGCUUUAGGUCAUGGUCAUGGUGCUUUACCUCAUGACACACCUGAAGUAGCUGCUGCUAAGGCUGCUCACCUCGCUGCUCAUGCUGCCGCUGCUCAUGGUGGUCAUGGUGCUGCCCAUGGAGCUUAUGAUGAUGGAUCCUAUCACGGCGAAUAUAACAGUGGUGCAUACAGUCACGGUUACGAUGAUGGUUCAUACCAUCAUGGUGGCUGGUAAUUAAUUUUAACAACUUCUGGUUGACCAAUCCAGAGCGGCUGUGAUAUAAAUAAUAUUUUUAACAUCAAUUAAUUAUGACGACUAUUUGCCAUGCUCUGUUAAUGUGUGUCUAAUAACAUGAAAUGGUGUCCAAUCAUUUCAUUUGUUAUAUUUUAGUCAAUAAUUUCUUAUUGUUAUACAAUAACUAAAUAUUUUGUAAAUAUUUUCAAUAAAAUAAAUAUUUGUUCAACGA